AUGAACGACAAUGCGAGCGUAAACGGCCAUGCGGGAGAGGGCAAGCCUGAGAUACAUACGCAGAUAUUACGAGCCUUGGAAAUCAUACACGAGCCCAGAUCGUCCAAUGCCCACCGCCAAGAUGCAUCCCGGUAUCUUGAAGAGAUCAGAUCUGAUGAACAGGCCCCAUAUCAUGGCUUUGCGCUUGCCUCAGCAAAAGACCAGCCAGCUAUUGUCCGUCAUUAUGGCUUAUCCUUGAUCGAAUACGGUGUACGUCACAGAUGGCCAGGGUAUACGCCGGGGCAGAGUCAGGCCCUGCGAGACUGGGUGGUGACCCUAUCACACAGUACAGCCGAUUCCGAUCCACCGUACAUUACCAACAAGGUUGCCGAGAUAUGGGUGGAGAUAGCCAAGAGAAGCUGGGGUCUGGACUGGCUGGACAUGGACGAACUCCUAUUUCAGCUGUGGGAUGGCUCAAUGGUGCAGAAGGCUUUGGUACUCAUUAUUCUGGAGACUCUGUCGGAGGAAGUCUUUGGGGACGACGACACCACAGCAGCUCUACGGGGCAGUGAUCUCAACAGAGCCUGUGUAGAAAUCUUUACUCCAGCUAAUGUGCUGACGGAGGACUUUCCAAUUCGAGAGACCGCUGCUAGUAUGAGAUAUGGUGCAGAUGGAUGGCUAUCUCGCAUGGCAGAUUUGCUUGAGUGGUGCAUCAGAGACGCUAAGAUUGAUGAGAACCGACGUGCUUGCGGUGUGAAAAUUCUCUCUACCUUCAAGUCUGUCAUUAGCUGGAUCAUCCCCCGGUCUUUGGUCACAACCCAUGCUUUAAAUAGGAUCUGUGCUUGUUUGGCAGCCUCAAACGUCCCUCUCCAGCUGGUGAGCAAGUCUGCCGAGUUGGCGCCUGGUAACUAUGACAUUGACUGA